AUGCCAAGAAUUAAUCUAUCCAUCGGCUUCUCCACUAUUAAUGGGAUCUCAGCAAAGAAGGCUCAUUCGAAAAUCCGAGGCGAGGUCGAGUCGCUGUUCAUCAUGGCCAAAGCGCCCUCUACCCGGUUUGAGUUCAUUUUCACGGCUUUGAACCCGGGAACUGUACGGUUGUUUACUACGGUCAUGUCCAUACAUCGGGCUUAUGAAACGACGAAGAUGUAUCGGGAAUUGAAGAUGAGAGGUGCCGUAGUCGACGACAACGAGCAAAUCCGCAUCCUUCCCCUGGAACAGCAAGCUGAGCGAGUUACUGGUGUCUGGAACUUGAGUAGUGAUCAGGGUAACCUCGGUUGUUUCAUCAUCACCAACGUUCGGGUCGUUUGGUACGCGUCAAUGAACCCGCAGUACAACGUUUCCAUCCCAUAUCUACAGCUUUUUAGUUGUCGUGUCCGCGACUCGAAAUUUGGGCUUGCGUUGGUCUUGGAAACGACAUCAACAAGCGGCGAAUACGUGCUUGGCUUCCGGAUCGAUCCAGAGGAAAAGCUGCAAACUGUGUGCAAGACGAUCCAGUCGAUGCACAAGACUUACAUGAUGCGCCCAAUCUUUGGCGUCCAGGUCACCAGGGAUCGCCCGCCGACACCCCGACUCGGCGUCACAGAUGCCGUGGAUGCGAUGGAAGACGACGUAGACGUGAUUGAAAAGUUUGGGAGACCGGAUGCGUUUGCGGCGUACUUCUCCGACAGCAACGUCACCUACGACCACCGACCACCCGUAUUUUCCGAAGAGCUCGGGCUCGCUGUGGAACAGCUGAAGGACGGAUUUACCAUUUCGGAUCUGUGGUCCGUGCAUACUGAU